GAUGGGGCUUGGGUGGGUGGACUUGGAUCAGAGACGGGAGAGAGGCACAGAGGAGAGAGAAAAGCUACGUGCUGGCACGACCCAAGCGAGCGGGUGACCUCUUUCUUUUCCCUUUCUCUCCUGCCUUCUCCUCUGCCUCCUCCCCUGGUGCCACGCUGGUCCCUCGCCCAGAAUUUCCUGAUGUAAAAGUAUUAUCUAGAACCAUGGAGGUGCUGCAAUGCGAUGGCUGCGAUUUUCGAGCUCCAUCCUACGAAGACCUUAAAGCUCACAUUCAAGAUGUGCACACUGCUUUUUUGCAGCCAACAGACGUUUCUGAGGAAAGUCCCAGCCAACCAAGGUCUGGCUCCAUGAAUGCUAGCAACCAGACAGAGGUUGAAUUUUCUUCUGUAAAGGAUGAAUUUACAAUUGCAGAUGAAAUUGCAGGGCAAAAUGCAGCUCAGAUGGGGACUGGAAGUUAUUAUAGCCAUAGCCAGAGUUUUUAUAGCCAGCACAUGGCCCCAAAUCCUAAACCAACGAACAAGUUUUUCCAGUGCAAAUUCUGUGUGCGUUACUUCAGAUCCAAAAACCUUCUCAUAGAACAUACCCGAAAGGUGCAUGGCACACAAGCUGGAGGGAGCUCGGUGGGGCCGCCGGCCGCUGGAUCCUUAAAUUACAAUAUCAUGAUGCAUGAAGGCUUUGGCAAGGUUUUCUCUUGCCAAUUCUGCACAUACAAAUCGCCGAGGCGCGCCAGGAUUAUUAAGCACCAGAAAAUGUAUCACAAAAAUAACCUGAAGGAGAGUUCAACUCCCCCUGCUGCGGCAGCUGCCAUAUCGGAGGCUGGCUCUGCGUCCGUGCCGGUGCAGGAAUCCUGCAAGGAGCUGCCUGCUGAAGUAGUAGAGCGUAGCAUCUUGGAAUCCAUGGUGAAGCCUUUAACAAAGUCCAGGGGCAACUUUUGCUGUGAAUGGUGCAGCUAUCAAACCCCUCGAAGGGAACGUUGGUGUGACCACAUGAUGAAGAAGCAUCGCAGCAUGGUAAAAAUACUGUCAAGCCUCCGACAGCAACAGGAUGGAGCUGGUUUGCCUGAUGUGCAGAACAAGACUGCGCCAAACCCCGUCCCAAACUCCAACUAUAUUUCUAUGAAUGCUACAGGGCGUGAGAUGCCAAAUGCCAGUGUCUCAAAUUUCAGAGGCUCUAUGAGUAACUCCCUUAUCAGACCCAAUUCUUCUACAUCCUCAAAAUUUUCUUCUGUGUCUUAUCCUCAAAUGAAGCCUAAGUCACCUCACAACGCUGGCAUGGUUAAUUUGUCUGACAGAUCCCGCUAUGGAAUGGCUGACAUGACAAAUUCUUCUGCUGACCUGGAAACGAAUAGCAUGCUAAACGAUUCCAGCUCUGACGAAGAGCUCAAUGACAUGGACAAUGAGAACGGCUUGAACUCCAUGGAUCACCAGACCUCAGGAAUGUCUGCAGAACAGCUGAUGGGAUCUGAUGGCAACAAAUUAUUGGAAACCAAGGGAAUACCCUUUAGAAGAUACAUGAACAGGUUCCAGUGUCCUUUUUGCCCUUUCCUCACUAUGCACCGCCGAAGUAUCUCCCGCCAUAUUGAAAACAUCCAUCUGUCUGGGAAGACAGCUGUAUACAAGUGUGACGAAUGUCCUUUCACUUGUAAGAGUUCGUUAAAACUUGGGGCUCAUAAACAAUGUCAUACAGGUACAACAUCCGAUUGGGACACUGUGAAUUCCCAGAGUGAAAGCAUAGCCUCCUCUUUGAAUGAAAGCACCGUGUCGUAUGAAAGUGGAAAUAUCAAUGGCAGGAAGUCGGGGGGAAUGUUGGAAUCGGUGCAGCAGCAGCAGUCCCCGCAAUCCCACUCGCAGCACCCCUAUAAAUGUACCCUGUGCAACUACUCCACAACUACUUUGAAAGGUCUCCGAGUCCAUCAGCAACACAAGCAUUCUUUUUGUGAUAACUUGCCAAAAUACGAGGGACCGACAUCCAAUGCGCCCCAAGAGAAUGAGACGGACACCCACACUGCCUCCAGCACUGUGAAGAAAAGCCAGACCUCAAUUCUUGGGUUGUCUUCUAAAAAUAACUUUGUAGCUAAGGGCUCUCGAAAACUGACAAACGAUUUCCCGCUCGAUCUGUCGCCUGUGAAGAAGAGAACUAGAAUUGAUGAAAUAGCGAGCAACCUACAGAGCAAGAUUAACCAGAACAAGCAACAAGAAGAUGCAGUGAUUAAUGUAGAGGAUGACGAAGAGGAGGAGGAAGACAAUGAAGUGGAGAUAGAAGUGGAACUGGACAAGGAAGAAGAACAAACGGAGCCGUUAAUCGAGGUGUCUAGUUCCUAUGCGCCCCAGCAAAUGUGGGGGAGAGACACUAAUGAUUCCCAGAAGGAGGCUAAUUUCAGAAACAUGCCGCAUGAUUAUAAUUCCACCAAUGGGGCAGAAAUUGAGCUAACUUUAUCUGAAGAUGAGGAAGAUUAUUAUUGCUCUUCUGUCAACAUGAAGGAUCACCAAGGGACUAACGCAUCUCUUCUGGGAAGCCAGUCGAGCAUGUAUGGUUCCGAUCAAAACAGUGAGAAUGCAGAGUUUAACGAUUCUGGACGACUUUAUUAUUGCAAACACUGUGACUUCAGCAACAAAUCUGCCAGGAGCGUUAGCACCCACUACCAACGGAUGCACCCUUACAUUAAGUUCAGCUUUAGGUAUAUCUUGGACCCUAAUGAUCACAGUGCUGUGUACAGAUGCCUUGAAUGUUACAUUGACUACACCAACUUUGAAGACCUGCAGCAGCAUUAUGGUGAGCACCACCCCGAAGCUAUGAAUGUACUCAACUUUGAUCAUUCAGAUCUCAUCUACCGCUGCCGCUUCUGCUCUUACACUAGCCCGAAUGUUAGAAGCUUGAUGCCACACUACCAAAGAAUGCACCCAACUGUUAAAAUUAACAAUGCCAUGAUAUUUUCGAGCUAUGUAGUCGAGCAGCAAGAAGGGUUAAAUGCAGAAUCGCAAACCCUGAGGGAGAUCUUGAAUUCGGCUCCUAAGACCUUGGCAACAUCCACUCCGGUGGCCCGUGGGGUGGGCGUGCCUGGUACAUUUAACAAAAAUGCUUCCAAGAGUUUUAGUCCCGAGUGUGAAAAUCAAAAAGAGCCUUCAGUAAAUAGUGUUGUGGUAUAUGACUGUGAUGUGUGUUCGUUUGCAAGCCCUAACAUGCAUUCGGUUCUGGUACAUUACCAGAAAAAACACCCUGAAGAAAAGGCUUCGUAUUUCAGGAUUCAGAAGACUAUGCGGGUGGUGUCUGUCGACAGGGGUUCUGCACUGGCUCAACUCUCCUUUGAGCUGGGAACUCCCAUCUCCCCAAAGCUGCCCAACAUGGCAUCGCAGCCACCACCUCCCCCGCCGCCGCCACCGGACCUCACCACUGAGCUCUACUACUGCAAGCACUGUUCCUAUAGCAACCGCUCGGUGGUGGGAGUGCUUGUCCACUACCAGAAGAGGCACCCAGAAAUAAAGGUCACUGCAAAGUACAUUAGGCAGACGCCCCCCACCGCAGCAAUGAUGAGGGGUGGGGAGAUGCCUCCUGGCCUUCAAAGGCCACCAGCAUCUAUGCAGUCGCUGAACAGGGGCGGCUCUGAGAACUCGACGGCUCCCCUCGAAAAUGAAAUGUUCUUCUGUCAGCACUGCGAUUAUGGAAAUCGGACAGUUAAAGGAGUGCUCAUUCACUACCAAAAGAAGCAUCGCGACUUCAAAGCCAACGCAGACGUGAUCAGACAGCACACGGCCACAAUUAGGAGCCUUUGUGAUCGUGGCCAGAAAAAAUUGUCCAGCAGCACGCCUGCAUCAUCUUCCAAUUCAGAGCGUGACAAGACUAAACUAAGAGCGCUCAAAUGCAGGCAGUGUUCCUACACAUCACCUUAUUUUUACGCACUGAGGAAGCAUAUUAAGAAGGACCACCCCAGCCUGAAGGCCACAGUUACAUCCAUUUUACGAUGGGCAUUUUUGGACGGCUUAAUAGAAGCUGGUUAUCACUGUGAAUGGUGUAUUUAUUCCCAUACAGAGCCUAGCGGUUUACUCGUGCAUUACCAAAGGAGACAUCCCGAGCAUUAUGUUGACUAUACGUACAUGGCCACUAAGCUCUGGGCAGGUCCAGACCCUUCGCCUCCAGCCCUAAUGAUGCCGUCAGAGGCAAAAACCUAUAGAUGCCGAGACUGCAUUUUUGAAGCAUCUUCCAUUUGGGACAUUACCAAUCACUAUCAGGCUUUUCAUCCUUGGGCCAUGAAUGGGGAUGAAUCUGUGUUGCUGGAUAUCAUCAAGGAAAAAGACGCCGCUGAGAAAGUUGGCCCCCUGUCCGAUGAAGUCGGGACGAGGGUUAAUUCUGAAGACCAGAUAACCACGUCACAGAUGGAACAGGACAUGGAAUGUGCAGAGGACUCCAGCCUCCCGCAAGAAAAAAAUGCCCAUCUAGCCUCCGCAAACCCUGCGAUCUCCUCCACGCCGUACCAGUGCACGGUAUGCCAGUCCGAAUACAAUAACUUGCACGGCCUCCUGACGCAUUACGGCAAAAAGCACCCUGGCAUGAAAGUGAAAGCCGCAGAUUUUGCCCAGGACAUAGACAUUAACCCAGGGGCUGUGUACAAGUGCAGGCAUUGCCCAUACAUUAAUACACGCAUCCACGGCGUCCUUACACACUACCAGAAAAGGCAUCCAUCCAUAAAGGUCACCGCUGAGGAUUUUGUGCAUGAUGUGGAGCAGUCGAAUGACAUGGCCCAGAAUGACGUGGAAGAGACGAGUAGGAUUUUCAAGCAAGGGUAUGGUGCUUACAGAUGCAAAUUAUGCCCUUACACCCAUGGCACUUUGGAGAAGCUUAAAAUUCACUAUGAAAAAUACCACAACCAACCCGAAUUUGAUGUGUUUGCGCAGUCGCCGCCCAAGGUGUCUGCGUCGAUGGAACUGGAGAGUGCCCCCGACAUAAAGGCAUCCCCGGAAAUUGCUGCUGAGGAGGUCGGAGAAAUCUCCCUGCCGGCUUCUCAUUUCUCCGCCUCUCAUCUCGUGUCCCACACGGUGUUCCGUUGCCAGCUGUGCAAGUAUUUCUGCUCCACCCGGAAAGGAAUAGCCAGGCACUACCGCAUCAAGCACAACAAUGUCCGGGCGCAGCCAGAAGGCAAAAACAACCUCUUCAAAUGUGCGUUGUGCUCCUACACCAACCCCAUCCGCAAAGGGCUUGCGGCACACUACCAGAAACGGCACGACAUUGACGCUUAUUACACCCAUUGCCUGGCGGCCUCCCGGACGGUAAGUGACAAGCCCAGCAAAGUGAUCAUUCCCUCUCCUCCCAAAGACACCUCUCCACAGCUGAGUGAGGAGCUGAGGAGGGCGGUGGAAAAGAAAAAGUGCUCGCUUUGUUCCUUCCAGUCCUUCAGCAAAAAAGGCAUCGUGUCGCACUACAUGAAGCGUCACCCGGGCGUUUUCCCUAAGAAGCAGCAUGCAAGCAAGCUGGGGGGCUACUUUACAGCAGUGUAUGCGGAUGAGCAUGAGAAGCAGACUCUGGGAGAGGAAAGGAAUGAGUUCGAAAAGCCUGAGGUGGAGAAUGAGGCUCAAGAAAUCGAGUGGCUCCCUUUCCGGUGCAUCAAAUGUUUCAAACUGUCCUUCAGCACGGCUGAGCUGCUGUGCAUGCAUUACACAGAGCACCACAGCAGGGAUUUGAAGAGAGACUUUACCAUUCUGGGAUGUGGCACUCGCUCUCAGAGCUCUGGCUAUCAGUGCAAGCACUGCGAUAGCAAGCUGCAGAGCCUGGCAGAACUGGCCACGCACUUGAGCGGCCACAACGAGGAAUUCCAGAAGCGUGCCAAGCGUCAAGAGCGGCGGAAACAGCUUUUGAGCAAGCAGAAAUACACAGAUGGGGCUUUUGCAGAUUUCAAACAAGAGAGGACAUUUGGUCAGUUGGAAGAUGUAUCAAAAUUUAAGGAAAGGAAAGUCGUUGGAUACAAAUGUAAAUUUUGUGUGGAAGUUCAUCCCACCCUUCGAGCCAUCUGUAAUCACCUUCGCAAGCACGUUCAGUAUGGGAAUGUCUCUUCGGUGACAGCUACAGUAAAGGAAGCGGAAGAUUCUUCACACACAACUAUGAUGGAGGGUUUUGAGGGAGCAAAAGACCAUGGCAUGGUGGAAUUUACAGAAGCUGAAUCUGGAGCAUCCUUGGAAGAUGAAACCAGGCCUGGGGGCUACCACUGCAGCCAGUGUGACCGGGUUUUGAUGUCUAUGCAGGGUCUACGAUCUCAUGAAAGAAGUCAUUUGGCUCUGGCCAUGUUUACCCGUGAAGACAAGUACAGCUGCCAGUAUUGCUCCUUUGUCUCUGCUUUCAGGCACAAUUUGGAUCGCCAUAUGCAGACUCACCACGGACACCAUAAACCCUUCCGUUGCAAACUCUGCCCCUUCAAGUCCUCCUAUAAUAGCCGUCUGAAAACUCAUAUACUCAAAGCUCACGCUGGUGAACAUGCCUACAAAUGCUCCUCCUGCUCAUUUUCCACCAUGACAAUCAGCCAGCUGAAAGAGCACUCCUUGAAAGUGCACGGGAAAGCACUGACACUACCAAGACCCCGCAUUGUCAGCCUUGUAGCCUCAUUCGCCCAACACGCCUCCAAGAACCACACUCCAGCUGACGAAGUGGAGGACUCUAAUGAUUCUUCGUACUCAGAACCUCCUGAUGUUCAGCAACAGCUGAACCACUACCAGUCAGCCGCUCUGGCCAGAAACAACAACAACAUUAGCCCUGUCCCCCUUUCUGGGGCUGCUGAGCAGAAAACGGAAGCCAUUCUUAACUGUGAAUUUUGUGAAUUCUCCUCGGGUUACAUUCAGAGCAUUCGGCGUCACUAUCGUGACAAACACGGAGGGAAGAAACUCUUCAAGUGCAAAGAUUGUUCGUUUUAUACAGGCUUUAAAUCUGCGUUUACUAUGCAUGUGGAAGCUGGGCAUUCAGUAGUUCCCGAGGAAGGACCCAAAGACCUACGCUGUCCUCUUUGCCUGUACCACACCAAAUACAAACGUAACAUGAUUGACCAUAUCGUCCUGCACAGAGAAGAGCGAGUUGUUCCCAUUGAAGUCUGCCGAUCCAAACUGUCAAAAUACUUGCAGGGAGUAGUUUUCCGCUGUGAUAAGUGUACCUUCACCUGCUCCAGUGAUGAGAGCUUACAGCAGCACAUAGAGAAGCACAAUGAACUGAAACCUUACAAAUGCCAGCUCUGCUACUACGAGACCAAACACACGGAGGAGCUGGACACGCAUCUCCGAGAUGAGCAUAAAGUGAGUCGUAAUUUUGAGCUGGUUGGCCGGGUUAACUUGGAUCAGCUGGAACAAAUGAAAGGGAAAACGGAGAGCUCCAGCAGUGAUGAGGAAGAAAAGGAAGAGGAGAUGAGCCCCAAGACUGAAGAGAGAGAUUCCAUGAUGUUUCCUGAGAGUGGUGCUCCUGAGAAACGUUUUCCGUGUGAGUUUUGUGGGAGGUCAUUUACAGAGGGCUCUGAGUGGGAACGGCACGUGCUGAGACACGGCAUGGCCCUGAAUGAAAGUAAGCGUGGGACCAGUGAGGAUGAACAGCUGAAGGAGAACACCGAGGAGAACGUUAAGGUACCGUCAGCAGAAGAAAAGGAAGGCAGUCAGGAAAUGGUGGUGGACUUUUCCCACAAGAAUGACGAUAAAUCUCUCCAUGAGAACACAGAGGCCAAAAACGAAUAA